CGUCUUCCGUCCAAAUCUCUUGAACAAACCCACCACUAACUGAUCCAAAUCGCUUUUAUCAGUAGACUCAGUUUACUAUUGAACAUUCUGGGUUUAUUUAUUAGCUUUAUUGUUUUCUUUAUUGAUUGAUGGUAGACAAAAUCGAUUGUCACACAUCAAUAUAACAAUUAACGACGACCGCCUUAGGAAGCCAUUAAUCGAUCAGCUAAUUAAACCCAACUAAAUCCGGUAUAAUCGAUCAGAUAUGGAGCCAAAAUGAACGUUACCAGUUUUGUUGCAAACUCACUCAUUUGGCCCAAAAAUUUCGCCUAAAAGGUCGCAAAAUGUUGAAACUAGUUUUCUGGUUGGGGCUGGUCGCUGGAUCGCUAUGUCUGACUGUGGCCGCUGAUGAAAUUUUCGAACCAAAACCGCUGGUUCCUUUGCUUGAUGGCCGCAUUGUGGGCGGCUGGCCGGUGGAAAUUGCCAGCCAUCCGCAUCAGGUGUCUUUCCAAAAUUGGCAUCGGCACAGCUGUGGAGGAUCGCUGAUUUCCCCUGAGUGGAUCCUAACGGCUGCCCAUUGCAUUUCCGCUGGCACGCACCGGUACCAAUUCCGAUUGGGAAGCGAGCUGUGGGCUCAAGGAGGAGUCCUGGUUUCAUCCUCUGUGGCCAUUCGCCACCCAUUGUACAAUAGUUCCACCCUGGACUACGAUAUUGGGUUAAUGAAGCUCGCCCAGCUUCAGAGCGAAGUUGCUGAUGCCAUCGGCUACGCCCAGCUGCCUCCAGAAGGAUGGGCGCCACUGCCAGGCGCCACUGCCAGUGUUACUGGUUGGGGCACCCCGUUUUCCGGAGGCUCUCUAAUGGACGAGUUACAAGAGGUCUUUGUUCCCAUUGUCAGCAACGACUCCUGUGAGGAGUAUUACCGCGAAUGGUUAGCUACACGAUCGUACCAAAUAACCGAAAGGAUGCUGUGUGCUGGAUUUGUGGAUGGAGGAAAAGACGCAUGUCAAGGCGACUCAGGAGGUCCUCUUAUAGUGGACGGGUACUUGACUGGCGUGGUUUCUUGGGGAAAUGGAUGCGCCUUUGCCGGAUAUCCAGGUCUAUAUGCGAGCGUACCCAAUUUACGCGCCUGGAUUAGAGAGGAAACUGGGCUAUAAAGAUAUCGCUUUUGUGGAUUAGUUUUAAGACGAAUUGAACCGUGUGAUGAUGAUGAUGAAUUGAUUAAUCGAUCAAUUUGUAAAGAAAGAAUAAAUGUUUGCUGUACAAUUGUUACAGUUGCAUUUUAUAAAUAAACUAGCUGACCCGGCAAACAUUGUAUUGCCCAAUAAAUUA